UCGCUCUGUCAUCCAGGCUAGAGUGCAGUGGUACUAUCAUGGCUCACUGCAGCCUUGACCUACUGGGCUCAAGUGAUGCUUCCACCUCAGCCUCAAAAAGUUCUGGGAUUGCAUGCACGAGCCACCACGCCUGGCUGUUUUCUUCCUUUUUAACAUGCUCCCGAUUAUACAACCCUUACAUAGGAGAAUUGCAGUUCCUCUUCUCAGGAUACCAAUUUAUGAAUGCAGGUGCAAUUUUGUUACAUGCAUAAGACUGCAUCAUGGUCAACUCGGGUGAGCUGAGAUUCUAACAGGCCAGCUAACUGGAAAAGUCAUGCACUUACUCCUUAGACUGCUCUGCUUGGCCCUUUUCAUCCCUGGCUCUUGUCGAUUCUCCCAGGAGCUGUGUCUUUUCAGUUCCACAGCCCUCCUUGCUCUUUCUUGUCUCUGAUGCUCCACUGGAACACUGCCCUGGCACCUUCCUUGAGUAUUUUCAAAACUAAAUUCCUGUAAGUGGUAUUGCUACAUUGUCAGUGGGACAGGCUUUUAACCAAAUGGCUUGUUUGACAGGGCUGACUGCCAACACCUGGACAUUUUAAAUUAUGUGAAAAUCAGGGAAAUAGCUCUCUGCUUGUUUUGCGUUUUGGUGACUAGUGGUAAUGGUAAUGGUUUUCUGUUUUGAUAUAUUUAAUCUGUAGUGCCUUCUCUGCCACUGUGUUGGGCGGGAAUCUGAUUUUGUUCUUUGGUUAGAGAGCCAAGUUGACCAGAGGUUAGGCAUUUUAGGAUAACUAUCUCAGCUCAAUAGGAAAGCCUGCCCUGCCCGCAGUUGAGGGGUAUGAGUCUGAAGGUGACAGAUCAACAGCGUAAAGUGGGAAAGGGGUGGCCAAACAGGAGCGGCCUCCGACGUCACUGUUGCGCGCCGCUUCCGGUCUGGAGCCUUGUAGUGGGGCUGGAGCAGAGCCUGCCGUGAACCCCUGAAACCUCUCAUCAGCACACCGUGCCAUCCCUCGAAUCCGCCAGCCCGAGCGUCCCACCCGUGCCCGGGACCAUGGCCACUGACUCAUGGGCCCUGGCGGUGGACGAGCAGGAAGCGGCGGCUGAGUCGACGGGAUCUCGCUGGGCACAGUGGCUCAAGCUUGUAAUCCCAGCACUUUGGGAGGCCGAGGCAGGUGGAUCACAAGGUCAAGAGAUCAAGACCAUCCUGGUCAACAAGUUGAGCAACUUGCAUCUUAAGGAAGAGAAAAUCAAACCAGAUGCCAAUGGUGCUGUUGUCAAGCCCAGUGCCAACGCAGAGAAGACAGAUGAAGAAGAGAAAGAGGACAGAGCUGCCCAGUCCUUACUCAACAAGCUGAUCAGAAGCAACCUUGUCGAUAACACAAACCAAGUGGAAGUCCUACAGCGGGAUCCAAACUCCCCACUGUACUCGGUGAAGUCUUUUGAAGAGCUUCGGCUGAAACCACAGCUUCUCCAAGGAGUCUAUGCCAUGGGUUUCAAUCGUCCAUCCAAGAUACAAGAGAACGCAUUGCCACUGAUGCUCGCUGAGCCGGUCUUGCUCUGUCACUGGGGUUGGAGUGCAGUGGCACAGUCUCAGCUCACUGCAGACUGCAACUUCCACCCUCUACCUCCUGGGCUCAAGGGAUCCUCACACCUCAGACUCCCAAGUAGCUGGGACUACAGCCCACAGAACUUAAUUGCCCAAUCUCAGUCUGGUACUGGCAAAACAGCUGCCUUUGUGCUGGCCAUGCUUAGCCAAGUAGAACCUGCAAACAAAUACCCCCAGUGUCUAUGCCUCUCCCCAACAUACGAGCUUGCCCUCCAAACAGGAAAAGUGAUUGAACAAAUGGGCAAAUUUUACCCUGCACUGAAGCUAGCUUAUGCUGUUCGAGGCAAUAAAUUGGAAAGAGGCCAGAAGAUCAGUGAGCAGAUUGUCAUUGGUACCCCUGGGACCGUGCUGGACUGGUGCUCCAAGCUCAAGUUCAUUGAUCCCAAGAAAAUCAAGGUGUUUGUUCUGGAUGAGGCUGACGUCAUGAUAGCCACUCAGGGCCACCAGGAUCAGAGCAUCCGCAUCCAGAGGAUGCUGCCCAGGAACUGCCAGAUGCUGCUUUUCUCCGCCACCUUUGAAGACUCUGUGUGGAAGUUUGCCCAGAAAGUGGUCCCAGACCCAAACGUUAUCAAACUGAAGCGCGAGGAAGAGACCCUGGACACCAUCAAACAGUACUAUGUCCUGUGCAGCAGCAGAGACGAGAAGUUCCAGGCCCUGUGUAACCUCUACGGGGCCAUCACCAUUGCUCAAGCCAUGAUCUUCUGCCAUACUCGCAAAACAGCUAGCUGGCUGGCAGCAGAGCUCUCAAAAGAAGGCCACCAGGUGGCUCUGCUGAGUGGGGAGAUGAUGGUGGAGCAGAGGGCUGCGGUGAUUGAGCGCUUCCGAGAGGGCAAAGAGAAGGUUCUGGUGACCACCAACGUGUGUGCCCGCGGGAUCGAUGUUGAACAAGUGUCUGUCGUUAUCAACUUUGAUCUUCCUGUGGACAAGGACGGGAACCCUGACAACGAGACCUACCUACACCGGAUCGGGCGCACGGGCCGCUUUGGCAAGAGGGGCCUGGCAGUGAACAUGGUGGACAGCAAGCACAGCAUGAACAUUCUGAACAGAAUCCAGGAGCAUUUUAAUAAGAAGAUAGAAAGAUUGGACACGGAUGAUUUGGACGAGAUCGAGAAAAUAGCCAACUGAGAAGCUCCAUCAUCCACUGGUGCCAGCCCUGGCACUGCCCCAGCACGGGAGACAAGUGCCUUCAGGGCACAGGCCCCGACAUCACCCCAAGGUCAGCGGCACGAGGAGAGAGAAACUACCUACCUCACUUCAAAUUAUGUUUGGACUUGACAAAAAUGUGUACAAAUGAUGGGGGAUGGUAGAAAAAAUUAUUUACACAAUAUUGGAAGAUUAGGCAUGAAUACACAGAGAUUUACCUUUUGGAAGUUUCACCUUUUAAUUUAGCCAGCGUUUCCUUCAUGCUACUCUAGAUGCUGUGGCUGAUUUCUUACCCACGAUCUCCUGUGGCAGCCUGUGCUUGUUCUCUGCUUUGGAGUGGGUGGGCCAGCCUCCAGCUCCUGUGGAAGUAAGGGAAUAGUGGUGAAAAGGGAACACAGAGAGAGGCCUCCAAUAGAAUAGGUGUGUAAGCCCAGCCAUCAUGUUUGGCAUGAGGCAGCAGAGGAGGCCUGAGAGCUGCUGCUUUGGACCUGGGGUGGGACAGCUCAGCUGCAUAUUGCCAGGCCCCCAUCCUAACGUCCACAGCAGAACGGGAUUUGUUAAAUAAGCAUGGACCAAAAUGCCAACCUCUCAGACCUUUGUAUAUGGGUUUGUGCCACAGGACUGUGGCCUGUUCUCGGUGGGUACAGUCUGUGUAGAGUGCGCAUCUGAUUAGUGGUGGGUCCUGUGCCUGUGCUUAAGCAAGUCCUGUGGAGAAGUCAUCGUGGAGAAUUACUGGUGGCCCUAGCUUGCCACAAAACCUGAUCUCAUGAGCAUUUGCAACAUCCUUUUUGUGUCCUUAAUAUCAUCUUACUCCACAGUAGCCCCAAGCAAAUGUGAUCUGAGGUUUAGUGAAAAUUGUGGCUUCAAGUCUCUAAUGGCCAGCUUCAAGGCAGUUCUAGACGUGGUCAGCAGUAAUCACAAAUUCUUGCUUUGUCUCCAUACCCAGAAGGCAAGUUUUGUCAGAGCUGGGAAGUGAUUUCAGAUAUUUGACAUCUUUAUUAUAAAGGGCUUCUGAACAGCUGUUUACUACCAGUGUUUACUACCUUUGGAAUACAAAUGGGUGCAGAGGGACAGCUGCACUGCUACUGUUUAUCUGUCCAAGGCAAAAGUAUCACCAAGACCUUUGCCUCAGCCUUACUUGACAUCUUUGUGCAAGACAGUCAGAGCAAACAGUAGUAAUGGACACUACUUACACCUGGCCAAGGCUGUUGGUACCCACAGAAUGACAGAAAAGAUGAGAGGAAACUGAAUUUUGCAAGAGCAAUAUGAAACCCCAGCCAAGAGGAGUACUCUUCAAUUCUUUGGCUUUGGUACAGAGUGUCCACUUGCUCUAAGACCUGAAAGAAGAGUUUUAUAUGCUAAGAACUAUUGCAAUCCUAGGUCUUCCUUUUAGGCAUCUCUGUAUUUAGGCCAGAUCUGUCUCCUGGGAAAGGAAGGGGCCAGUGUCAGCCUCCAGUUUCUUUAAUCUGACAAUCCAGAGACCAACAGACUGCCAAUUCUGCCACAUUCCUAGGGUGGUUACUUGACUAUGUAAAGUCUUCUCUAUGCUUCUGGUUAACUCUGACACAUCUUGGAAUUCUUGUAAGGAGAAAAGAAAUUUUUAUACUUUUUU